UCACAAUACGAAGAAAGAUGGUAAAGGAACAUGCAAUCCCAUAUUCAACUAAUUGCACCAACGGUACAAUAAAGUCAAAAAUGCAAACCAAAGCCAAGGUUCGGUUUGAUUCUAUUAUAGACGCACUUAAGGAUUUUUCUGAAGGUAAAUUUGUACUGGUUGUUGACAACGAAGAUCGUGAAAACGAAGGUGAUUUAAUCAUUGCUGCUGAAAAAGUAACUACAGAAAAAAUGGCAUUCAUGGUUCGGUAUACAAGCGGGUUAAUAUGUGUACCGACUACUCCAGAACGAUUGGAUCAGUUAAAACUACCUUUGAUGGUACCGAACAAUACCGAAAAAAUGAAAACUGCAUACACGAUAUCGGUGGAUUACAAAUAUAAUACUACCACCGGUAUAUCAGCGCAUGACCGUGCAUUGACAGCACGUUCACUUGCUAAUCCAGCUAUUACAGAUCCAAAUGACUUUAAUAGGCCUGGUCAUGUGUUUCCAUUAAGAUAUCGUGAAGGUGGAGUUUUGAAAAGAAUUGGCCAUACAGAAGCUUCAAUAGCGGGUUUGCAACCAGUUGGAAUUAUCUGUGAAUUGGUAAGGGACGACGGGCAAAUGGCGCGUCGUGAUGAUUGUCGCGCAUUUGCAGAUGAGCAUAAUUUAAAGCUCAUUACUAUCGCAGAUCUAGUACAAUAUCGUUUAGAUAAUGGACUUUUUGAUAUUUAG